CCCAGGCCGCUCCCCACGGAAGCCCGAGCAGCAUUCCCUUAGCUCUUCCCAGCCGCCCUCCACGCCGGCUCUUCUGUGCUCCUCCUAUGGGGCGCCCAGGGCCAUCCCAGGGCCUGAGCACCCACGUCUCCUCUCCCCUCCUUAGGGACGCUUUGGAAGGCAGCCCAGCCGCCCCUGCCCCCCGCAGCCUUCCUUUCCUGGCUGUGGCAUGGGCCCGACGCAUUCUCCAGGAGAUGCCAGGAGUGCUUUCCCGAUCCAUCUGUCUUCUGCCAGGGGCCGAUUUAGAAGCUUGGUCUCCCUCACUACGUGCUAGAGGCCUGGACGCGGGGCACGCCUGCCUUUCUUCCCGAGGACCUGACACAGCAGUAAACUCAUAGGAAGGUCUCUGGAAGUCUUUGCUGAAUUGAAUUGAAUUGGUUUAGUAGGUGUCUUCCUGCGUUCUCCUCGGAGCCCUUGUAGCACUGCCAACAGGCUUUUCUAAGCCAGACUAUAAAUUGGUAGAAUGAAAAAGUUUAAGAGAAGACUAUCCCUCACCCUUCGUGGAAGCCAGACCAUUGAUGAAUCACUUUCUGAGCUGGCUGAACAAAUGACUAUUGAAGAAAACAGUAGCAAGGAUAAUGAGCCCAUUGUGAAGAAUGGCAGGCCUCCAGCGUCGCACAGCAUGCACUCCUUCCUCCACCAGUACACGGGCUCUUUCAAGAAGCCCCCCUUGCGGAGACCGCACAGUGUGAUAGGGGGAAGCCUCGGCUCCUUCAUGGCCAUGCCCAGAAAUGGAAGCAGACUCGAUAUUGUUCAUGAAAAUUUAAAAAUGGGAUCAGAUGGUGAAAGUGAUCAAGCUUCUGGAACCUCAUCAGAUGAAGUCCAGUCUCCCACAGGUGUUUGUCUCAGAAACAGGAUACACAGACGAAUCUCUAUGGAGGAUUUAAACAAACGUUUGUCUCUUCCUGCCGACAUUAGAAUACCUGAUGGUUAUUUAGAAAAGCUGCAGAUAAAUAGCCCUCCAUUUGAUCAGCCAAUGAGCCGGCGGUCUCGGAGAGCUUCCUUGUCGGAGAUUGGAUUUGGGAAAAUGGAGACCUAUAUCAAAUUGGAAAAGCUUGGAGAGGGAACCUAUGCAACUGUAUAUAAAGGAAGAAGUAAACUGACCGAGAACUUGGUAGCAUUAAAGGAGAUCCGCUUGGAACAUGAAGAGGGAGCUCCGUGCACAGCCAUAAGAGAAGUUUCAUUAUUAAAGGACCUAAAGCAUGCCAAUAUUGUUACAUUACAUGACAUCGUUCACACAGACAAAUCCUUGACUCUAGUCUUUGAGUACUUGGACAAAGACUUAAAGCAGUACAUGGAUGACUGUGGCAACAUCAUGAGCAUGCAUAAUGUAAAGCUUUUUUUAUACCAGAUUCUUCGUGGGUUGGCCUAUUGCCACAGAAGGAAGGUGCUUCAUCGGGACCUGAAACCACAGAACCUCCUCAUUAAUGAGAAAGGAGAAUUAAAGCUAGCAGACUUUGGACUAGCGAGAGCCAAGUCAGUUCCCACAAAGACCUACUCCAAUGAAGUCGUCACGCUUUGGUACCGGCCGCCUGACGUGCUCUUGGGCUCCUCCGAGUACUCGACGCAGAUCGAUAUGUGGGGUGUUGGCUGCAUAUUUUUUGAAAUGGCAUCAGGAAGACCCCUUUUCCCAGGUUCUACUGUGGAGGAUGAAUUACACCUCAUCUUUCGACUUCUCGGAACGCCAUCUCAAGAAACUUGGCCGGGCGUUUCUUCAAACGAUGACUUCAAGAACUACAACUUUCCUAAAUACAAGCCGCAGCCUCUAAUCAAUCAUGCACCCAGGCUAGACUCUGAAGGAAUUGAAUUGAUAACAAGAUUUCUUCAGUAUGAGUCAAAGAAAAGGGUUUCCGCAGAGGAAGCCAUGAAACACGCAUACUUCCGAAGUCUGGGAACAAGAAUACAUGCUUUACCUGAAAGUGUCUCAAUAUUCAGUUUGAAAGAAAUUCAGUUGCAAAAGGACCCCGGUUUUCGAAAUUCUUCUUAUCCAGAGACAGCUCAGUGUAUCUUCAGAGAGAAAUCAGACUCGGUCAAGUCCGGGAGCCUGAACGCUACCGAUGACGCAAAGACCUUUUCCGAGGGCCCGGCUCGAUCAUUGACCGCACCCUGCCUGGUACCCGAAGCAGAAGAUGGACCCUGUGCUUACCUAGCCUUCAGGUUCAUCACUUUGAAGCAUAGAAGCUGUAGACUGACCCCGGCCCCAAAUGGGUUCAUUUAACACAAACAAACAAAAAACCUCCAGUCGCCCCGACCACCGAGUCUUAGUUUUUGCUGGUGGGAACGUGAUGUGACCUCGGUCACCAGAUAAGUGGGGUGAACUCUGAACUCUGAACUGCCUCACCAAAUGACUUUAUAUUUUAGGACACGGGAAGAACAGAAGACAGAGCAUGCUCUUUUAAGUUCGAUAGCAGGAUUUCAAGCUCAGCCCCAGCCUCCCUUACCAAUCAAGGACUCAGAUCUGAAGGCCAUUCUUUGUUUUGGUGGACUUGGAAUCUCCGUUUGUCUACGCUGUCCUCUUCCCAGUGGAGUCGUUUUAUUUCCAACCUGCAGAUUAUGUUUUUAUAUUUGUUGUCACAGUGUGACAAUUUCUUGUACAGUUGGUUUUAAGGUCUCCUCUGCCAUUAGAGCCAGUCGGUUACAACUAUGGCUGUAACCGGAGCUGCAAUUUUUGUGCAGGACUGAGAAACACAGUGCAUUAUUUAUUGCGGAAUCAUUGCUGCUAAGUAACUACUGUCUGUCUAUUUAACACAACAGUUGAAUGCCUGAAGAAGUUGCAAUGGCUUUAUGAUAUGUGAAUGCAUCUGUUUCUCCUCAUAAACUGUUUGACUGCUGCAGUCUGUUUGUUUGUUUGUUUGUCUGUUAUUUUUAUUAAACUGCAAUGUUUCCUGGAAUGUAAACUUAGCUUUGCUCAUCAUAAGAGAGGUGAACCGUUCAAUGCUCUCAAUUUCACGAGACAGUUUCUUAUUUAACAUUGGCGAUAGUCGUUCUGAGAUUUAUAAGCACAUUAUGUUUAGCAAAGCUACGUGUUGCCCAAGUUGAUUCAAGCCAGUGAAUACCUGCCCUCCUGCCCCCUCCCCCUGGAGGGGGGUCUCGAGCCUCGGGACUGUCCAUUUGUCCGUCAGCUCUCGUUUAGCAGCGUCUCGUGCUCCUGAACAUGUGUACAAUGCAUUGACCUUAAUUCACAUUGUGUUUUAAUCCAGUAAGGACUAAGGCACAAUCCAUCCAGCCCGCCCCCUUGUCCCGUUGUUCUUCUGAAAUUGUUUCCUUUGAUGAGAAGCAGGGCGGUUUUCUCUGUUGGAGAACAGAUUGAAUUCCUGCCUCCCCCGCCUCCCCAUGCUGUUCCCUUGCAGUCAGCUGGACGCUGUGAUAGGUAGGUGACAUGAGCCAGGACUAACUCCAUGCCUUUCCCACCCCGAGAACUCGGAGGCUUUUCGCAGCUCGUCGCCAUUCUCCGUUUACCGGAGAUGAUGGACGUCUGGCUCUGCCUGGGCAUCUCGCUGAGCGUCAGAAACGCACCCGGUGGAUGACAGAAUGGUGGUCUUUAAGCAUUUGUGUUCACCUUUAACAAUUGAUUUGUGUCGUGCAUCUUACAGACUGUAAAUCUUUAUUGGGAUAGUUUGAAAUGGUCAUGUAAAUCUCUGGCUGGUAUAUCAUGAAAAUAGUCAUAGAUGACUUCAAUUUUUUUCCUGACAUUCACUGUAAAACAUUCAGGGGUCCUACCAUUUCUGUUCAGGAAAUCUUGUAGUUUAUUGUUAUUUAACAGUAUUAAGUGAAUUUUUGUAUAUUUCCUUUUAACUUUAUUUGUGAAUAAUGAUUGUGGCAUGUUCAAGGGGGGAUGUUUUAUUAUUAAUAGUUCAUGAUACUGGUAAAUUUAAUUAUUUGGGUUUUUUUUUUUUCUGGAAGAAACAGAUUCAUGUAUACUGGUGAAUAUUGGACCACUACUGCUUUCCAGCAUUUGUAAACUGGUUUUACGUUAAAUCCUGUAGACCUAACAAACUGCUGUUAUUUCUAACUGACAAACACGUAUUAAUAUUGUACUUUUGAAAGUAUAAAUAUUAUGUGGAAUUCCUUGGUUUUGUUUUGAAGUUUAUAAUAACAAAAUCUCCAUGUUGUUAAAA